AUGAAGAGUACAGAUUUUUUUGAAGAAGCAGCUACUGAUGAAGAAAGUGGUGACAGAUGGUUAGGUUCGGAUUUGACCAAAGCCUUGAGAUUCUAUCAAAAAGCCUAUAAAGAGUACCAACAAGCUUUGGCCAAUUCUUCCGACCUUGACAUCCAGUAUAACAUCGCCAGGUUAGUAUACCAUGUUUAUUCCACCUACAUCGAGACUGAAUUACUUGAGGAUUUGAAUACAGAUGAUUUCCUUUUCGGUGAUACUGUUGUUAAACCCUUGGACCAGAUAAUGAAUACCCACGAACAGUCCAUGAACGGUAGGGAAUCGAUGGAUUUGUCAUAUAAUUUGGGAUUGGUAUACAUAGAUGUUUUAGAGACAUCUCAGCUAAGUGAUGAUAAUGUCGAUGUACUUCAAAUAUACCAGAAAGGACAAGAGCUAUUCAAGAACCUCAUCAACACCCAAAUCAACCAAUUAAGAUCCUUCAUAAAUGACUUAUCCAAGAUAGACAACGAUCAUAGCAGUUCAAACGAAGAUCCUCAAUCAGUAACUGAAGCCGUUACUGAGGAAGUGCUUCAACCCAACGAUGUUUUCGAUACCAUUGUUUCUGGGUAUAAAUUGAUACAGGCAUUCUUGGGGAAUAUUACUUCCAUAGCGGAUAUUCCAUCAUUCCAGCAGGUGGUGGGAGACUUUUCUUUGUUUUUGGAAUCUAUAGUUGGAGAGUUUCUUAAUAGUUUCACUGAAAGUACCAAUACCCAAUCGCAAUAUCUUUCUUCCGUCACCAAUAAUCAAAUCAUAGACUACCAGAUCACAAAAGCAUUCAUAUCAUCAUUAAUUUCUCAAAGUUUUACCGAAAUCAACAACUUUUGGGAUGUUGUCCCUCCAUCUGCUGAAAGAUUCAUGAGUCAGUCAGAUGCUGUUCAAGCUAUCAUGGAUCGAAAUGACGAUAAUGAUUCAACAUUGUGGCUGGGACUUACACUUAUCACCCAAACACUCAAAAAGGCUCAAGAUGAUUUACUGGAAAGAAGAAAAACCACAGUUGAAGGAUUAGGGAAGUUGAACGAACAAUAUGCUCAAGUACUUAUACAACGAGCUGAUAUUGACGUUCAACGAGGUCUUCUUCCUCUCCCACAAGCACAAAAUAGUAAAGAAGUACUCAUGAAGAAUGCUAGAACAUUUUUAACUAGUGCUAUGAGAAUUGCCAACAGUUCAGGAGGUCUUAGGGAAAGAGCUAUUGAAAAAGCCGGGAGGAAUAAGAAAAAGCUCGAAUCUGUUGCAAGGAUGUGUAUUUUGGAUAAAAAAGAUGAAGAUCAGAUUAUGGAGAUCAUGGGUUCUGUUGGACCUAGAGAAAUCACGAAAGUGUUGAAACUCGAUUAUUAUUCAGCAUUAAACUAA